AUGUCUACUGACUCGAAACUCUAUGCUCAUUCCAUGAGCGUCAUUCAAAAGGCCAACACUGCUGCAACACAACAACUAUACCUAGCCGAUGCAGCAACUUCAAACCUCAACUCAAACCCUCAGCCAGGAAAUCCGCAUGCAGAGACUUCGCAGAUACAACUGCAAGAAACACGGGGGCCUUACAUUGGAAAGAAAGAGGUAAGUAAACGUGGGAAGCACCCCGUUCUGGUUUAUCUGCUGGCUGAAACGUCGUACUCCUUCGCCCUCGCGCGUAGAGGUGCUCGGCACGAUUCUUAUAUUUGCAUAGGAUGUGAGAAGAGUGGAGCGUGGAAAAGUAUAAAGGUUUGACU